AUGGCUGCGAGCCACCGCAAAGGUUUUGAGAGAAUUGGCUUGUGGACAAAAAGUAUCACCAGACAUCUGUACCACUGUGCAGCCACUAGUGGAGGAGAUGGAGAAUUGAUGCAGGCAAAGUGGUUGUCAAUGCUGAAUCACAUCGGUGACGUACACACUGGCCACAGUGAGGUCUUCCCAGCCUGCGAGCAUGGCCCCCUUGAGCGUAGAAAAUGGAUUACACAAGGAACUGAUGCCCACGACCGGCUGGCCACUAUUCUGGCAUCAAAGUCUUUUUUAAAAGAUUUCAAGCAGCUGUCUUCAGAGGGUCAAACGUUUAGCGUCGAGACGUUUCAUUCGACAUUGAUUCAGUUUGCCCCCAAGUCUGUGGCCUACUCGUACACCAUCAUGGCUGCAAGGACCUUCAUAGCAGCACUGCAUUACAAUGAAAAUUCAAACAGAAAGCAGCGAAAAACAAAAGAUGGACAACCACAGUGGAAAAGAAAAUAUCCGAAGGCGCAAGGUGGAGAACCAGUGGUCCAAGAACUCAUGGAGGAUGCCACAUACAACUACAUUGACCGGUUGUUGGAGACGGUCCUGCAGUUAGAGCGGCAGCCGACUGCCCACUGCUCAACAUCACGUCCUGUGCCUCCCCCACUCAGCCAGAGCCAACCACAUGUUCCUACUCAAGAACUUGUUAGGAAGCGUCGCCAGAGAUUCAGCCUUCCUUGAGAGCUAACUAUCCAACUGCUUAUGGGUAGGCUGCCCGGAUCUUGACGACUACGCAGCUUGGCAGUGGCUUGCGGUGGUGGCGUCCGAGCUUGUGCCAAACCCACCGCACAAACUGAUUAUAGGCCGUCAACCUGUACCGCCUAUGCAAAGAAAGAAAA